AAGUGUGGGUAUGUUUGACAAAGCCCAAAAUCAGAAACCCAAUUAUGAUAACCGACCCUCUUCUUCUAUCACUCAACCCGGUUUCAUCCAAAGUCACAGGCUCAUAGCACAACUUCUCUCUCCAUCACCCGUCCUCUCUCUACCGUUAAUAUCUCUAGAAAGAUUAUCAACCUCCUUUACUAACUGAUCGGAGAGGAGGAAUUCCGUUUCCGUUGUCGAUCUCGGGUUCAGCACCACCUGCGCUUCACUCAUUGGUUCCGGAUAAACAAUUACUUCACACACAGUAACAGAAGACAAAAGUGGAGGUCUUGAUUUCAAGAGCAACCAACACAUUUAUAUGGUUGUUAUGGCUGUGAACGUCUUGACCUCAUGUAGUUUGAGUGUAACUCGUGGCUUCAGAAAGAAUGAGCCAUUGUAUCCCAAAUCAUUCCUAGGCAAUAGACACAGAAUACUGGUUCAGUUCACUGGAAAGGGAAGUCAAAGCCAAUGUUUUUAUGGAAACAAAAUGUUGUGUCCUAAGCUUACUGUGUAUGCUGUCACCAAGGGUUCAGCAGAAUCUAGCAAAUCCGAAGAAACAGUACCCUCUUGGGCAAAACCAGAUUCAGAAGAGCCACCUCCUUGGGCUCAGGGUGAAACGCAAAAAGCUGCAUCAGAAAAUGGAUUUGAGGUUCCUUUCUUUGUUUAUUUACUAUCCUCAGCAAUCACUGCAAUUGCAGCAAUAGGUUCCGUUUUCGAGUAUGCAAACCAAAAACCAGUCUUUGGAGUAGUGAACCCAGACAGCAUUUUCUAUGCUCCACUGCUGGGAUUCUUUGCAUUUACUGGCAUUCCCACUUCUGCGUAUUUGUGGUUCAAAUCCGUUCAAGUGGCUAACAAAGAAGCCGAGGAGCAAGACAAGAAAGAUGGCUACAUGUAGGACAAUCAAAUCUUCUGAUUUAUGCCGUGGUCUUGGUACUUCAAUAUUUUUCAUUUUUUAAGAAAUUCUGGAUACAUGUAGGAAAGCAGAUAACUAGAUUUCAUAUUCUGUCAUUUCAAAAUGUUUCUUUUUUGGGUUCUCACCACAGAGAAUCUGGAUCCCUACAGCAUGUAAAAUAGUGUAUCAAUACACUUUGUAUAUUUUGUGUAUUUCAUGCCAAUAUGAUAAUAAUCGAUAUUUUAUUAUUGACAGUUCUACAAAA